GUUCUCUUUACUUCCAUUUUUUCAAGUAAUCUUGGACAUAGUUCACAAGCAUGGAACUUUGAAGGAGAUCAACUCGAAGAGAGUUAAUUAAUUCGGACAGUGCUCCCAACUCCUCUUUUAAAGGAUAUUGGGAGUCUUCAUACGCAGGGCUGCAUGUCACCGGAGCAUACCCUGAUGACGCUCCGGUAUUCAUAAUUGGAGCCUGAAGUGGAGUCAAGGUGUGAUCAGGUGAAGGAAGGAAAGGAUCUUGUUUCACAGGGACAUAUCCUGGUGAUCCUUGACACGCUGGAGUAUAUUCUGGUGAGGCUGGAGUAUAUUCUGGUGAGGCUGGAGCAUAUUCUGGUGAGGUUGGAGUAUAUCCUGAUACUGUUGAGAUAUAUCUAGGUGUCAACGAUCCUAGGGUGAACGUAGACCUGGUCCUAGUUCUCUUUUCCAGGGCUUCAUAAUUUCUAGGGUUUUCCCGUCUGUAAUUAAAGAACAAAACAUAAACAUACUAAGACCUAAUCUGUUAAGAAAAUGGUGAGAAGAAAUGUUUAAGUCUUUAAUGGUAAAUAGAGGUCUACAUUUGAAUUCUAAGACUUUAAACUAUAGAGUGAUUCGGUUUUCAAGAUAAUUAUUGUAUCAUUCUUUUUUUCGUAUCAAAGGCCGACAGGUACAUUUAACUUAUGAAAACAACUAUACCUAAAUGUUAUCAGCCGUGGAUCCUCUUCUUUUUGUUGUUGUGUGAAACCAUGCAUUUGUUUUGCCAUUUUCCUUUUUAAAAAAAUAUACAAAUUUUAAAAAAAAGUUUACAAGUUAAGCUUACAAUUUAAACAAAUUAACGAGAGAGAGAGAGAGAGAGAGAGAAUAUUCUUUAGAAUUUACCUUUGAGUUAAAAUUAUUGAGUCCUCUGACUCACUCAGUUUUCUCUUUUCCCCCCUUGGGUCAGUGAGUUGGAGGUCUUGGGGGGAAUUCCUGGUUAAACAGAAAUUUAAAGACAUUUGGUAAAAAGAAAAUAAAGCAAAUAUAUAAUAAUUUGAAAUAAGCGAAUAAACAACUACGCACGUUAACUCUCGAUCCCCGCCUACAUUUUACACCCAUUUAAUUCAAUACUAAUUGUGAUUUGGUCAUAAAAUCUCCGGUUAAUGCAAAGAAGGGUUCAAUGGUAAUUGAUUAAUAAUUUUGAUACAAGUGUUAAAUAGUUAAUUACUUUUGUUAUCAGCUUUUUUUUUUUAUAGAGGGGUAGACGGCGUUUUCCAUUGAAAUCGCGCUUGAACGCGUACGCAUAUUUCAAAAUAUGCUUGGAUAUGGAUAAAAGUUCCUUAAUCUUUCGGGUUUACGCAUAUGAAAUAUUUAGUUGUAAACCCUUCGAGAAAAAAAAAAAUAGAGUUAUUUCUCUUUGUUUUCCCAACUAAGUAAUGUUUUAUCAAAAUUCAUAUCAAUAUCUAAAGAAAUAUGAAAAUUCAUUCAAAUGUAUUAACCGCUGUAAAUUGACUUGGAGGUAGGCGGGAGAACAAAACUAUUGUUCGCAGUUCUUUGUAAUUUUUAAAUGAGUUAAGAAUUUUAAGAAGACGAACUUACCCCGAAUCAAACACCACCUCAAACUCUUUUCCUAAAUCUAACCACUCCUUCUCGAAAUCUUCAAAUGUCCUUGAAGGCGAUGAAGUAUAGAAAGAUUCAGCCAUCUCGUGUCUUUGGAAGCUUUUUUUUUUUCUUCUAAAGUCAGUGAUUUAUCUAUCCUAUUUAUAUCCCAGGGAACGAGAAGAGGCGGGGGCUUUAGGAUUUUCAAUAUAUUUGUGGAUUGGAAAAGGGGUUGCGUGCAAAAUAAAAACCCGGUCAAAUAUCUUAAUUGAUUUUAAUUUAAUUUAAACGUGGUCUCAUUUUUUGAACUUUUAGAAAAUACCGCGUUAUGACCGCGCGCGCGUUUUCUUUAAUUAUUCAAUGCAUCGUAUGUGCUUCUACGCUAAUAUUCUAUAAUUAUUGUACACGUGAGGUAGUUCGAAAUCGUAUAUGUUUCUAUCCUUAUGUUUUAUGAUUAUUCAAUACAACCUAUAUUAUAUUAUAUUAUUUUUCCCAUUAAGGCGCCUCAAUAAACAGCAUGAAAAAAAAAAAAAAUAAGAACACAUACAAAUGUAUACACAUUUAGCACAGAAAGAAGAAGUGAUUAUAAAAAACACAUAUUUUUCAAGCAAAACGUUAUUUGUUAUACAUGUUGUUGAAAAUCGACUUUUUACUUUUGAUUUGACACUAAAAUGUCACUAUGUGGUGAUAAUGUUUUACCUUUGCAAACUAAUAUAAACAUUUUUACAACUGUUCACAAAUUUAUAGAUGAAACUUGUAAGAUUUUAUUAGUUACUGUACCAGUUAUAUCUAUUGUUUAUCAUCAAGCAUGGCAUUUUGUAAUUGAUGUAAGUAAUUGUUUGAUAUCUUGUAUGACGUUUUGUAAUUAAUUUUUUAAGAGAUCUAGAGGGACUAGUAAGUUUCCUUGUUCCCAAUCCUUUUGAUUUAUCAACGAAAUAUGUUCAAAACAAACAAAGCCGAAGCGGUUUUUUUUUUUAAAAGUUCAUUAAAUAUUGCGCGCGUUUUCCGUAAUUAUUCGCAUGUGUUGUCAUGCUAAUCUUCUAAAAUUACACUUGUGUACAGUUAAAUUACCAUGGCACAACUUGAUCAUCAAAGCGAUAUCUUUAAAGUACAAUGCACCUUCAAGAAAAUACCGUGCGCGUUUUCUGUAAUUACCGAAGCGAUUUUUUUUUUUUUUUUUUUUUUAAAGUUCAGUUCACCUUUUCGAGAAUACCGCGCACAUGAUGACCGCGCGCGCGCGCGCGUUUUCUGUAAUUAUUCGUAUGUGUUGCUAUGAGAAUAUGUUAUAAUUAUCCUGUGUUUGGUUUUCCUUUAAAUUGACGAAAUCUUGGCUAUUUCACACCAUUUUAAAUGACAUGUCUCAUCCAUACAGUCAUUCACAAAAGAUCAUUGAAGUAAGUUUAAAAAAAAAAAAAAACAAUCAUUUUAUUCAUAUCUUGUAAAUAGUACCUUUUAUAUAUACUGAUGUAGUUUUUCGGUGACAUACUUAAUUCACUCAAAAGCGAGCUCACUAGAUUAUGUACACUGUCGAUGCGUAGGACACAAUAAUCGUCUUGUGUCUGUAAUAUUAAACCAUAUUAACUACAUGUUGAAAUUAACAACACAGUGUAUCUGUCGUUAUGAACUUUAAUUAUGAGCACAACUCAUUUCAAAGUAAAAAAAAAAAAUUAAGUUUGUGUCAUUGGCAUUAUUAUUUAAUCACCACUAGGCGCCAAUAUCUGUCAUCAUUUUGAAUCUAUGUUCAAAGGUUUGCGUUAUACAACAGAGAGAGAGAGAGAGAGAGAGAGAGAGUUUGUUUGCGCAUAUAAGUGUUUCUCGUAAUAGGCCUAUAUGUCAUCAUUUUAAUUAAAACUAUAAGGCUUGCAUUGUACACUGUUUUUUCAACCUCUGGACCCCAUGGUCCACACCCGGUCAUGUGACUGUAUAAGGUCGCGCUUAAUUUUUUUCUGCACGUGCGGACUUUUAAGACGCCAACUGCCAAGUGAAGUAGGGUAGAUGCAUCACGAUGAUGAACAUGUGUUUGUUGCUGAUUAUUAUUAACUUUGUGUUAAUUGAAACGGGUGCUUUCCCUGUGAAUAUCAAUUGUGGAACUUGUGUGUCUAAUAAAGACGGUGUAGCGGACUGUAGUCGGACAACCUUGCCAUGUGUACGUGUGUUUAGUCCUAACGAUGAAACGAUGAUUCGAGAGGUGUAUGUAUCGAGGUGUUCUCAGAAAAUCUACCCCAGAAAGUGGCAGAAGUUUACAAAGAAACUUGGGCCUGGGAAUGCCGUGUCAUGCUAUGGUUCAUCUAGUAGGGAAACCAGUACUCUGUUGAAAACCACCCCAGUAUCACCCCCUGUUGAGGAGACAACGUCAGUAUCACCCCCUGUGGUUGAGGAGACCAUGCUAGUAUCACCCCCUAGUGUUGAGGAGACCACCCCAGUAUCACCCCGUAUUGUUGAGGAGGCCAUGCUAGUAUCACCCCCUGUGGUUGAGGAGACCACCCCAGUAUCACCCCUUGUUGAGGAGACCAUGCUAGUAUCACACCCUAGUGUUGAGGAGACCACGCCAGUAUCACCCCCUGUUGAGGAGACCACGCCAGUAUCACCCCAUAGUGUUGAGGAGACCACCCCAGUAUCACCCCCUGUUGUUGAGGAGACCACGCCAGUAUCACCCCCUGUUGAGGAGACCACCCCAGUAUCACCCCCUGUUGUUGAGGAGACCACGCCAGUAUCACCCCCUGUUGAGGAGACCACCCCAGUAUCACCCCCUGUGGUUGAGGAGACCACCCCAGUAUCACCCCCUGUGGUUGAGGAGACCACCCCAGUAUCACCCCCUAGUGUUGAGGAGACCACCCCAGUAGCACCCCCUAGUGUUGAGGAGACCACCCCAGUAGCACCCCCUAGUGUUGAGGAGACCACCCCAGUAUCACCCCCUAUUGUCCGGGAGAUUGGAUCUGGAUUAUGGAGUGCAAGAACUUACCAGAAGACAACAACAGAACCUCCUGAUAAUAUUUUUGACGAGCCUGAAGUUACAGGAUUCUUCAUGUGGGCAUUAGCAACCACCGUGGCUAUCAUUAUCAUAUUACUGAAGAGAUGUUUGAAAGAGCAUGAUCAUUGCCAGCGCUGUAGAUACCAUGCACCUCCCCAUGUACCUGCACCACCCCCAGACGCUCCAACUGAAAACAUUGAAUUUACCGUUUUUAACACGCCCCUAUCAUCUAGUACACCCCGAUCAUCUUCCACAGACAAUACACUUCAGCCAACAUCAACGCCUCGCACUGAUGCAAGCACAUCAACUCCAAUGAUGAGCUUUACUGAUCAAACAACCUCCGUAACUGACCUCACAACAUCAACAGACAGCAAAAAAGUUCUUCUUGACUCACCGGUAGCGGCACAUACUAGGUCUAAAAUGGUCAGGCAGUUGAAGUUUUAAAGUUAUUUUUUUUGUUUUGUUUUUUUAAACAGUCAAGUUCUCAUUAUUAUGCCAACAUUUCUUAGGACAAUGUGAAGGGAAUAUUUGUUUUGCAAUUUUUCUACUGAGAAAAGACAAUUUUUAUAGUUAAUUUGCAGUUAUGGACAAUAAGUCAUGUUUAUUAUAAUUGUAAUCAUAACUCAUGUUUAUAUUUUGUUGUGAGUGAGUAUUUUCAUCACUGAAAAUAUUGAAGUGAUUUUGUACUAUGGUGGUUUUUGUUUUUUGGUUUUUGUAUUAAAAAAUAAUUUUAUUUUAUUUUACUAUGUAGAGGAACGUGAUUUAUAUACCUCAUUUUAUUUUACACCUGUGCUAUAUCAAGUUAUAUAGUAUUGACAUUAAAAAUUUGUUUUGUAAUCUUUCUACUGAGAAAAAACUAUUUUUAUAGUUACUUUGUAGUUAAGGAAAAUAAGUCAUGUUAUUAUAAUUGCAAUCAUACCUCGUGUUUAUAUUUUGCUGUGAUUUGGUAUUUUAAUCACAAAAAUAUUAAUACUCCAUUCUACCUCGGUUAUUGUGAAGAUUGGAAAGCCACGUUCAUUAUUUUGCAACAAACGCAUGGUUAUAAGAAAAUUGAUGUACAUCAUUAUAUACCUCGAGAACUAAUAUGUAGAGUUGAUAUGUGAAAACAAAUGAUGUACUUGUUAAUUUCACAUCGAGGAUCUAGUUUUUCUCUUUGUAUAUUACAUUGAACAUAAAUGUUUUCCAGUUUUAAAAUGCGAAGCGAGGCUAUUCCGAGUAAACCCCCCUCAUUUUAACAGUGCGUUUAUUUUACGGGAUAGAAAACCAAUGAUUGAAUUUGAUCAUAAAAAAUAAUCGCCAAAAUUGUAUAUAAACGUGUGUAUUUUAUUUCUAACACAUAUACAUAGGAAAUAAAUAACUGAUUGAUGACAAAUUAUCAAAAUAAUGAGGGGGUGCGCGCAGAACCUAUUGCAUGCUGACACGCAUUAGAUUCUCUUGUAGGAUGUCAGUCGACAUUGUAUUUUCACGAUGGUAGAAUCAAAACAUUUUUGUUUGCGUGUUUGUGGUAUAGUAACCUCCACGAUGUCGAAAUGUUGUUUGAAAUAUAUAUAUAAAAAAAAAACCUCAACUAAUGUCUGGACUUUCAUAUUUCAAACAUUUCUCCACCGCAGAGGUUAUUAUACAACAAAUUUGCAAACACAAACCUUUUUUUUUUAAAUACAGUAUUAUCCAGAAAGUGAUUCUGUACUAUGGUGAUUUUCUUUUUUUAUUUGAUUUUACUUUGUGAAGGAAUAUGUAAUUUUAUAUACCUCAUUUUUUAUUUUUAUUUUUACACCUAUGCUAAGUCAAGUUAUUGUAUUGUCAUUAAAAAAAAUUUUUGUAAAGUUU